AUACUUCCUGCCUUUCUACCAGACAAUCCCAGCGUGGGUGGGUCAGGAGAAUCAGGUUAGAAGGCAGUGAGUUUCUUUGGGUCCGUCACCCCCCACCUUGUUUCAGAAGCUGCUCCCCAGGGAACCAGCGAUCCCCCCUGGAUUUUCCAGUUUCCCCCUUGUUCUGAAUCCCAGGCACCCUUUGGGCAGAGUGCUCCGGAACCGGAGCUUGGUCUGUUCUUGAUUCAGAGAUGUUGCUGCUUCUGUUUCUUCCGUCCAUAGAGGGGGUCCUGAAGACGCCUUCAGAUUAUUAUGUGCAAAUGCCAGCGGCAGUGACAGUGCAGGAGGGUUUGUGCAUCACCAUUCUCUGUACUUUCCAUCACCGUCAAACCUCCUCUUCUCCAGCUCAUGGAUACUGGUUUAAGGAAGGGUCCCAAGUCUAUGAAGUCAAACCUGUGGCUACAAAUGAUCCAAAGCGAGAGGUGCAGGAGGAGUUUAGGGGACGAUUCCACCUGGUCGGGGACCCUUUGGAGAACAACUGCACACUGCGCAUCACAGACGCUCGGAAAGAAGACAGUAGGAAAUACUUCUUUCGGAUAGACAGGGGAGAGGAAAAAUUCAGCUAUGUCAAUUAUCAACUUGACCUGAAGGUGACAGACCUGACAGAGAAGCCAGUCAUCUACAGUCCAGAGCCCCUGGAGGAGGGCCAGCUUGCGACCUUGGUCUGUUUAGCCCCCUGGAUAUGUAGGGAGGGGAAACUCCCCACCUUCUCCUGGACCGGGACCGCCAUCCCUUCCCAGCAGCCCAGCCAAAACUUCUUCUAUUUCUCUGGGCUCUCCUUCGUGCCGAAGCUCCAGGACCAUGGCAGCAACCUCACCUGUGGGAUGACCUUCCCUGGAGCCGAUGGGAGAGCUCUCAUCGAGAGAACUGUACAGCUCAAUGUAACCUCUAAAACAAAGCCAAACUUUUCCACAUUCACCACAGGGGCACUUUUGGGAUCUGGAGUCACAGCCUUUCUCGCCUUCUGUCUCAUCCUGACGUGUGUGAAGUUUCUGAGAAAGAAGAAGCGGGCAGAGGAUCGACAGGUCCAGGACAGGAAGGAGGUGGAUUGUAACGAUCAGGUUCCUAGAGUCUCUUUGGAUCAACAGAGGGAUUCCAGCCAUCCCAUCCCUGACACUCCCACACAGUCCUCCUCAGGGGAGCUGUACUAUGCAACCAUCAACUUUGGGAGACCCAAGUCCUAUGAGGAAAGCAAGGUAGGUGGAGGAGUCCAGAACUCCCUUCCAGAUUAUUACGUGCAAAUGCCAGCAGCAGUGACAGUGCAGGAGGGCUUGUGCAUUACCAUUCUCUGUACGUUCCAUCACCCUCUAACUGCCUCUUCUCCAGCUCAUGGAUACUGGUUUAAGGAGAGGCCUGGUACCAAUGAAAGUGAACUUGUGGCUACAAAUGAUCCAAAGCGAGAGGUUCAGAAGGAGUUUAGGGGACGAUUCCACCUGGUCGGGGACCCUCUGAAGAUCAACUGCUCACUGCGCAUCACAGACGCUCGGAAAGAAGACAGUGGGAAAUACUUCUUUCGGAUAGAAAGGGGAAAUCAAAAUUUCAGUUACUCCAAUUAUAAACUUCAUCUGAAGGUGACAGACCUGAUAGAGAAGCCAGUCAUCUACAGUCCAGGGCCCCUGGAGGAGGACCAGCUGGUGACCUUGGUCUGUUUAGCCCCCUGGAUAUGUAGGGGGGACACCCCCACCUUCUCCUGGACCGGGGCCGCCGUCCCUUCCCAGCAGCCCAGACAAACCUUCUCCUAUUUCUCUGGGCUCUCCUUUGUGCCAAAGCGCCAGGCCCAUGGCAGCAACCUCACCUGUGGGAUGACCUUCCCUGGAGCCGGUGGGAGAGCUCUCACCGAGAGAACUGUCCAGCUCAAUGUAACCACUAAAACAAAGCCAGACUUUUUCACAUUCACCACAGGGGCACUUUUGGGAUCUGGAGUCACAGCCUUUCUCGCCUUCUGUCUCAUCCUGACAUGUGUGAAGUUUCUGAGAAAGAAGAAGUGGUCAGAAGACCAAGAGGUCCAGGACAGGAAGGAGGUGGACUGUAGCGAUCAGGUUCCUGGCGUUCCUUUGGAUCAACAGAGGGAUUCCAGCCAUCCCAGCCCUGACGCUCCCACACAGUCCUCCUCAGGGGAGCUGUACUAUGCAACUGUCAACUUUGGGAGACCCAAGUCCUACAUGCUGCUGCUGCUGCUACUGCUGCUGCUGCUGUCCUUGGGGGGGUCCCAGUCCCAAAAAGAAGGAUAUGAAAUGUGGGUGUCACCAUCAGAGACGACAGUUCAGGAAGGGCUCUGCAUCUAUAUUUCCUGCAACUUCAGAUACUCUGAUUCCUGGUUUGGAUUUGGUACCAUUUUUGGCUACUGGUACAGGAAAAGGCGCCACCCUUCUUAUAAAGAUGUCAUUGUGGCCACAAAUGACCAAAAAAAGGCCGUGGAAAAGAAUGCUGAGGGAAGAUUCCACCUAGUCGGGGAUAUCACGAAAAACAAUUGCUCCCUGAGCAUCACAGAUGUUCAGAAAAAGGACAAUGGACAAUACUUCUUUCGUAUAGAGAAUUGGGGCGAUGGAUUCAGUUACCUAAAUUAUGAAGUCAAUCUGAAAGUGAAAGCUCUGACACAGGAGCCAGACAUCUAUAGUCCAAGGAUCUUGGAGCCUGGACAUCCUGUGACGCUGAUUUGUGCAGCCCCCUGGGUCUGUGGGGAGGGGACACCCCCCACCUUUUCUUGGAUAGGGGCUCUCUCCAACUGGAGAUCUAGUCAAAGGACUCCCUAUUACUCUGAGCUGACCCUCACCCCGAGACCCCAAGACCAUGGCACCAAACUCACCUGUCAGAUGACCUUCGGUGCAACUGGAGUGCAACCAGAAACAACUGUUUCACUCAAUGUGGCUUAUCCUUUAAGAAACUUUGGAGUUCGCUUUGAUUGGGAAAACGGAAAAGGCUUAGAAUCCACAUCAAACCUUUCAAUCCUGAAAGAUGAAUCCUUACAAUUACUUUGUGAAGCUGACAGCAACCCUCCGCCCAUUCUGAGCUGGACCCAUGGGGGCCGGGUGGUGCUUUCCUCCGGGCCCACAGAUGAUAGAAUCCUAGUCCUGCGGCUAUCCCGGCUGGGGAUAAAGGAUGGAGGGGAGUACAGCUGCCAAGCUCAGCACCGGAUGGAUACCCAGAAUGCCUCCUUGAACCUCUCUGUGCUAUAUGCCCCAGAGAACCUAAAGAUCAGCGCUUUGGAACCAAACAGGACAGUUGCCAUCCUGGGAAAUACCUCCUCUCUGGUGGUCCUGGUGGGAGACUCCUUGCAGCUAGAGUGUGCUGCUGAUAGCAAUCCCCCUGCCAAGAUGAACUGGGCCAAAGGAAGCCAGCCUCUAAACUCUUCCCUUCUCUCCCGUCCUGGGAUCCUGCGCCUAGAACUGGCCAAUGUCCAGCAAGAGGAUGGAGGGGAGUAUAUCUGCCAUGCUCAGAAUCCCUGGGGGACCCAGCACAUCUCUGUGAGCCUCUUUGUGCAGUGUGAGUACUUGGGCACUGGCUGCAAGAUGCCUGGGUCCCAGAAGGUGAAGCCUACUAACCCCUAUUCAUAUUCUUCCCCACAGACCCUCCGAGGUUGUUCAACCCCUUUUGUUCAUGGGCUGAUGAGGGCUUACUCUGUACCUGCUCUGUUCAUGCAGAGCCCACCCCAUCUUUGGUUUGGUGGGUGGGGGAGAAAAUGGUAGAAGUCGAUGGCAAUGAUGACAUCCUCCAGGUGAUGUCUUCCACCUCGGGUGCCUGGACCAACAGCAGCCUGAUCCUGAGGGAGAAGUGGGAGCU